AUGUUACUGCCGCUGCUGGGUGCCUGUGUUGUGGUGGGGCCAUUCCAAGGUCCUGAGUGGGAGCCAGUGCAGGACCUGCUCUCCCAGAAUUGCAGCUGCAGGGACCCUCGGUGCUGCAGCAACCUGCUUGUCCUCUGCCUCUUUCUGAUCUGGCAGGUCCGGCAUUAUUGGCACCAGGUCACCAGGACCCACCCCAGCAUGAGGAAUGUCAUCAAGAUGCCAGUGCAGACGUGGGCAGUGCCCUCCAUGAGACGUAAAACUUUCUUCAGGCUGACUCCUGAAUUCUUCUCUAGUCCUGGCGAGUUCAGGGUCCUGGAUGCUCAUGUCCAACAAUGGGCACAAAAGCAGAGAUGGGAAUACCGAAGGAGACUCAAGGAAUCAUGGGCCCAGCACAGGCUCUCUCUGAAGCACCCAUGUCAGGGCUCACCUGAGAGUGUCCACACUCUCUCUGAGCCCAUCUUUUGUACCACCUCCUUUUCAAGCACCUGUUUGCUCUCUCAGGACAGUUCCUGGGAAGCACGGCAGUGUCCUAGUGAUGGCCAGACUCAUCCUGCCUUGGACAUGUGCCAAAGGAUGAAGCAACUGCUGGUUCACUCCCAGGAAAAGUUGGUGCCACUGGAGCCUGUUGCAAGCAUGAGGUCUCACCCUACCUGCAUGAUCUUAUCUACACCUCUUUCAACCCUCCCUUCAGCUCAGAGGCUGCAGUUCUGCCCCAGAGAGUUCCUGCCUGAUUCUUCCAACCAACAACUGAGAAUGUCCACCUGGACAUCGUGGGACUGCCUACAAGAGGCCUGGGUGCUGGGGAGUGAAAAACAGAUAGUAGGCAGAGAGAUCCAGGCUCCAGGCUGGGUAAGCCAGAGAGAAAGAAGAGAAGAGGAUGCUUGGGAAAUCCAGGCAUCUAGGGGGCAACUCCCAAUAGACUUUGGAAUGGGGGAUGAUGCAGAGACUAAGGUCUUGAAUUGUGGAAAUCAGAGAUUAGCAAUAAGUGAAACUGAUGGAGAGAUCCUGACAUCAGGGUGGGAGAACCAGAACCAGAUGGGAGUUGAGCAUAGAGCCAAAAUUCAGGAACUACGGAAGAGAAACCAGAGGGAGGUUGGAGGUAAAAAUCCUCCUGAAACCCAGGCACAUAUGGGAGAGAACCAAGAACAGUUAAAAUCUAAAAUUGAUGCACAGACCCAAACAACAGAGUGGGGGGACCAGGAUAAGAGUGGAGGUGAGGAUGCUGUGGAGACCCAGACAUUUGAGAGGAAGAACAAUUUGAAAGAGGACAGAGGGGAGGAUGAGAGAGAGAUCCAGGCCCAAGGACUGGAGAAGCAGGACCAGACUGGAGGUGGGAAUGAUGAGGAAUCCCAGAUGUCCAAGUGGGGUAAACAAGACCAGAUUAGAGAUGAUACUGGUGCAGACAGUCAGACAGAAGAGGGGAGAAUCAAGAACCAGGUUGGAGGUGAGGAUGCUGUGCUAACUCAGACAUCUGGGACAGAGGACCUGGGAGAAGUCAAAAAAGAAGAUGUUGUUGAGACCCAGGCCCUGGAGUGGGGAAAACGGCAGUGCCUUGGAAGUGAGAAUGUUACAGAGAUCUGGACUCCAGGGUGGGAGAAACAGGAUCAGGGUGGAAGUAAGAAAGCAGGGGAGACCCACGUAUCUAGGGAAGAGAACCAUAAACUACGACGAUAUAAAAUUCAAGUGGGGUGGGGAAACCAAGACCUGGGAAGAGGUGAGGAUGCUUGGAAAACCCAGAUAUCUAGGAGGAAGAAGCUCAGGGAGAUAAAAGAGGAGGAUUGGGUGGUGAUCCAGGCACCAUGGUGGGGAAACCAGCAACUGAUAGCGAGUGAAAUUGACAGAAAAUUCCAGAUACUAUAUUGGGGGACUCAGAACCAGAUUGGAGGUGAACAUAGAGCAGAAAUUCAGGCCCCAGAGAAGAGAGACCAGAGAAAGGAUAGAGACAAGGACGGUGCAAAUACCCUGGUGCCUGAGGCUGAGACCCAGGGACAAUUAAGAGGUGAAACUGAGGCAGAGGUCCAUUCAGCAGGGACAAAGAACAAGGAGCAGUUUGGGGAUGAGAAUGGUACAGACAUCCAGGCACUAAGAAAGAGAAACCCGAGAGGGGCUAAAGGUGAGGAUGGUAAAGAGAUCCAGGAACUUGGGGAAGAAAAUCAGAGUCAGUUAGGAAAUGAAUUUAAUGGAAAGAUUCAUAUACCGAAGUGGAAGAAUCAGGAACAUAUUAGAGUCAAGGAUGGUGCAAAUACUCAGGCAUCUAAGGCAGAGUACUGGGGAGAACUACCAAGUAAAAUUGAUGGAGAAACCUAUUCAGCAGGGUGGAAGAAAGAGGAGCAGGUUGGAGGUGAGAAUGGCGCAGAAAUUCAAAUACAAGGGAAGAAAAACCUGAGAGAAGCUGGAAGUGAGGAUGGUACAGAGAUCCAGACUCCUGGGGGAGAAAACCAGAGUCAUUUAAGUGGUGAUUUUGAUAGAAAGACCCAUUUAUCAGAGUGGAAGAACCAGGAGCAGAUGGGAGGUGAGAAAAGAACAGAAAUUCAGGCUCCAGAGAAGAGAAACCAGAGAGAACCUGGAGGUGAAGAGGGAGUAAAGACCCAGAGACCUGAGAGAGAAAACCAGGGACAGUGCAACAGUAAAAUUGGAGAGGGCCACUCAUCAGGGAGGAGGAAGUGGGAGCAGACUGGAGGAGAGAACAUCACAGAAAAUCAGAUAUCAGAGAAGAGAAACCAGGGAGAGGCUGGAAGUGAGGAUGGUAGAGAGAUCCAGAGACUGUUAAAAAGUAAUGUUAAUAGAAAGACCUAUUCAUCAGAGUGCAAGAGCCUGGAACAGAUUGGAGGUGGGAAUGGUGAAGAAAUUCAAAUACAAGGGAAAAGGAACCUGAGAGGGGCCACAGGUGAUGAUGGUACAGAGACCCAGACUGCUGGAGAAGAUGACCAGGGACAGUUAAAAAGUGAAAUUGAUGGAGAUAUCCAGACACAAGGGCAAGGAAACCAGAACAAGGGUGGAGAUGAGAAUGCUGCAGAAAUCCGGGAUGUAGGGAGCCAGAGAAAGUGCAGAACUGAGGAUGCUGGACGGCCUCGAGCACCAAGAGGAGGAAACAAGGACCAGGUCAGAGGAAAGGAUGCUUCUAGGGCCAAUUUCCAAGUUGACUGUAGGAGUGAAGUGCUCAGAGAGAGGAAACACAGGCUGGCACAGCCUCCAGCCCUCACUGGUUAUGGAUAUGGUGUCAUGGAACAGAAACAGGCAGUGGUUGGGAAUGGUUUAGCCCCUGCUCUCUGUGCUAAGAUGGAGCCUCUCCCCCACAAGGGUGAGGUCUUCCUGCUGGCAGGUGGAGAGGAAGAGCAUCUGGCCAGCCAGGGCAUAGCCCCUGUCAGGGAGCACAGAGUGGGGGUCUGUCUAGCUUCCCAGCAGGCCUGGCCUGAAACCCAGAGAAGACAACAAAGGGACAAAGGAGUGGAUCCAGGGAAAGCCACUAGUCUGAUCUGGCAGCUCCAGAACCCACAGCCUCUGGCCACUCCCUUGGGCAUGCCCUCUGCCUGCCUCUCUCUCCUGUGUGGCCAAACCCCUCAAGCUGCCACAGCUCUGGCGGGUGUUCCUGCUAUCCUCACCGCCCCGCUCAAGUGGCCAGUCCUCAAGAAGAGCAAAAGACUGCUCCUGGAGUCCCUCAUGCGGCGGAGAAUUGCACACCUGAAGUGGGGCCUCCCCCGGCGGAUCCUGGAGUCCUAUUUGCUAUUUAACAUCUUAGGAUCUUGCUCAUUGCCUCUAGCUGGGGUGAGGUUCCCUGGAUUAUACACAGGCCAGGAACUCCAAGGGCAGCAGGAAAGGCAUUGUGAGGCCCAGGGCUUCACUCCAGGCUUUAAGUCCCCAGAGAGAUCCUGGAGGGUUCGGUCCCCACAAAGAAAAAGCUCAAAACAUCCUACACAGGCCAGAGCUCUGGAAAAGUAUAGACCAUGCAGGUCAGACCCAAUGUGCAUUUCUAUCCCGCCUGAAAAGCCCAGGAGAAUCAGGCCACCAGGGGGUGCCAGAGAACCACAGGCGAUCCAGGAAGAGGUUCCUAGGGCCAAGCUCCCUGCUCCCAGGAACCCCACACCUGCCACAGAAUCUAGAAGCUGGUGUAGCAGAGAAAGGGCCAAAGAACGUUACAGUGAGAACAGCAGGGGCAGGCAAAUGGUCGGGCCAGGGGUCUCCCAGAUGGUAGAGAGGUCUCCCAUCAGAGUGAGGAUGUCAUCCUCCAGGGCAGGCCAGAACUGCUGGAAGAAGGAGCGUACAUCCUGGGAGGCCUGUAAACCCCCCAGACUCAAAUGUCAGCAUCCCACAUACUGGAGAAGAGGAAGCCUGGAGCCUGCAGAGGGCAGAGGGGCUGGGCAGCAGGCUUCCUCCUGUUCCACAGAAGAAACCUCCAACUUCAAAGGGAGUCUCAACUCUGCCACAGCAAAGCUGAGCAUGACCUUUCCAGACAAGAUGUCCGGUUCCCCACAGCUGGCCAGGCCCGGGCACUUAGCCCCCAAACUGAGCUUGAGGGAUCCUGAUCCUAUCCUGUUUCCCAAAGUGGGUGACCCACAUGCAGGGGAGAACAGCAUUGGAGUUCACACAUCUUUGGAGAGGGACCUUCAGCCACCAGGUCAAUGCUGUGCUGGGGCCACUCCUUCCAGGACAGAGAGCCUCCAGGGUCAAGGGGCACCUGGGAACCCAAAUGGGGCCCCACAGAAUCCACCAGCCCCCCAAAAGUUUGGUUUUAUGAAGCAUUUGAGGUGUUUUCUCUUCUGGCGUGGCUUUAAAAAGUAG